AUGGAGAUCAUAGAGGAGUAUGAUUUCUGUUUUCCACAUCUGUUCAAUGCUUCUUGUAUAAAGAUUACACGGCCUUAUGCUAUAACUAUGCUUGUUUACACUGUGUUAUAUUUUAUUUCAAUGGUGACUACAACUCUCAACCUGCUGGUUAUUAUUUCAAUCUCACACUACAAGCAGCUCCACACACCCACCAACCUCCUCCUCCUCUCUCUGGGUAUCUCUGACUUUUCCGUGGGCCUUCUCAUGUUUUUACAGACUCUGUUUGUUGAUGGAUGUUGGCUAUUAGGUGAUGCCAUGUGCAUUGUGUAUCAGUAUCUCUCGUAUGUUGUUACCUGUGCUUCAAUGGGAACAAUAGUGCUUAUAUCCGUGGAUCGCUACAUUGCCAUUUGCCAGCCUUUACAUUACUACACAAAAGUCACCGAACAUAGGGUUAGAUUUUGUAUAUGUCUUUCCUGGCUUUGCACUGUGGUCUAUAGUGCACUGGUUCUUAAAGAUAACAUGUCAAAACCAGGCUCCUUCAACAGUUGCUCAGGUGAAUGUGUAGCAGCCAUUAAUUAUUAUGUAGGAAUUGUUGAUCUUUUUAUAUCUUUUAUCUUCCCUGUUAGUGCUAUUGCUGUUUUAUACAUGAGAGUAUUUGUUGUGGUGGUGACUCAAAUUCAGGCCAUGCGUUCCCAGAUCACUGCGGCAAAAUCACAAAGAACUGUAUACGCAAAUAAAUCUGAACUAAAAGCUGCCAGAACAUUAGGAGUUGUGAUUAUAAUGUUCCUCAUAUGUCUGUGCCCAUAUUAUUUUGUAGUGCUCACAGGUCAGGACACUGUACUUAAUGCCUCAAAUGCCGCUGCUGUGCUUUAUCUAGUAUAUUUUAACUCAUGCUUAAAUCCAAUUAUAUAUACCUUUUUCUACUCGUGGUUCAGAAAAUGUCUUAAAAACAUAGCAACACUUCAGAUACUUAAGCCCGGUUCCAGUAAGACUAACAUAAUGUCCACUGACAAAUAG